AAGAAAAUUAAAAAAAAAAAAAAGGAAAAAGGUACGUACCCACAACACAAUAUAUUAGUAUUAAGUGUUAUAAAAAGAGAAAAAAGAAAGCCAAGAAGAACCCCUUCCAACCUCUUCUUUCUCAGUCUCUCUCUCUCUCUCUCUGCUCUCUCUCCUUGUUAAUUGCGUGUGUUCUUAUAGACUGUACUUUGGUUCUUUGUGUUUCUUCUAUAGUUUAGAUCCUUUCUUAUAUUGGUUUCAUCGAUCAUCUCAUCUAUCUAUUCUUAUUUCUCCUUUGAUAUUCAAAAAUUCCCAUAUAUAUAAAAACCCUUUCCUUGGAAAACCUUAUCUUAGAUAUAUAUAUUUUUAACUACAACACAGCUUGUAUAAGGGGAAAAAAAAAAAGGGUUUGAAUUUUUAAUGAUUUUGGUUGGAUUGACCAAAAUAAACAAAAGAUCUAAGCUAAAACCAGCUAUACCAGAGGGAACUCUACUCCUUUUGAUUUGCUAGCUUGAAGCAAGUUUUGAUUUGAUCAUCAUCAUCAUCGAUCAGCUAAUUUAAUUAUCUAGCUAAGCCUGAACCAGAUAUGGCGAACCGGUGGUGGACCGGCCCGGUAGGUUUAUCAGGGGUUGAAACAUCAUCAUCAACCGGUUCUCCGGUUCUGAAGAAGCCAGAUCUAGGCAUAUCAAUGAACGACAACAGCGGCGGCGGCGGAAGGGACGAUGAAGACGACAGAGAGAACAGCACCGACGAGCCCAAAGAAGGCGCAGUCGAAGUCGCCACCCGGCGGCCCAGAGGCCGGCCACCGGGGUCCAAGAACAAGCCCAAACCCCCGAUCUUCGUCACCCGGGACAGCCCGAAUGCGCUCCGGAGCCACGUCAUGGAGGUCGCAAACGGGUCGGACAUCGCCGAGAGCAUCGCCCAAUUCGCCCGCCGGAGACAGAGGGGAGUCUGCGUUCUGAGCGCCAGCGGGACGGUUACCAACGUCACGCUCCGGCAGCCUUCGGCUCCGGGAGCUGUCAUGGCUUUACAUGGCCGUUUUGAGAUCCUUUCUUUGACCGGGGCUUUUCUUCCCGGCCCAGCCCCUCCGGGUGCGACUGGGCUGACCAUUUAUUUGGCCGGUGGACAAGGCCAGGUUGUUGGGGGAAGCGUUGUGGGCUCGCUUGUGGCUUCUGGGCCGGUGAUGGUGAUUGCCUCAACCUUCUCUAAUGCUACUUAUGAGAGGCUACCGAUUGAAGACGAAGAGGAAGGCGGCGGCGGCGGCGGUGGCGGUAGUGGUGGAGCUCAAGGGCAGCUUGGUGGUGGAUCUCCGCCGAUGGGGAGUGGCGGAGGAGCUCCACCACAAGGUGGAGGAGGAGGUGGAAUGGGUGGUGGUGAUCCGGCUUCAAUGUACAAUUUGCCACCGAAUUUGAUGCCAAAUGGCGGACAACUCAACCAUGAAGCUUAUGCUUGGGCACAUGGACGCCCUCCUUAUUGAUCGAUCAAAUCAAAACUAAUUAAGAGGUAAAAAGGAAAAAAAUAAUAUGUUGGGGUACCUAGUGUUAAUUAAUGUAAUUGCAAGUAAAGUAGCUUCAUUCUCUUGAUUUUGUGUGAUCUUGUUGAAUAUGGAGAGGGAGUAGAAAUAAUGUUAAGAGUUACAAGUUUGAUGAUGAUAGAUGUGUAUAUUUUUCUCUCGAAUUUUUUUUCUACUCAGAACUUUGGAUCCUCCCUUUUUUCAUAAAUUUUGUUUGUAAUUAGGUCUCUUCAUAUAUAUAUAUAUAUAUAUAUAU